AUGUUACCAGGUCUCCUUUUCUCCCCAACCCAAAACACACUCAGCACUUUGACUCACCUGGCUUCUGAUUGGAGGCUGGGUGCUUUGGAUAAUGACCUCCAGGACCCCUCUGUGGGUCACAGCCUGUUCGCAUUACUCUGACCACAACUUAAGACGUCUGCAGUGGGGUGUGAGGAAAAGUAAAAGCCUGGUGUUUUCACAUUCCCAGGUAGCAGAAGCUCAGAAGCCUGACAACUCCAGCCACCUGAGUGGGCCCAGGGCUGGCAGCUGCCCAUGUAACCUUCCAGAUAGGCUGCUCGCUAAAAUGAGGGAUCUUCUUCAGUACGCCGCCUGCUUCUUUGCCUUUUUCUCUACUGGGUUCUUGGUUGUGGCCACCUGGACAGACUGUUGGAUGGUGAAUGCUGACGAUUCCCUGGAGGUGAGCACAAAAUGCCGAGGCCUCUGGUGGGAGUGUGUCACUAAUGCCUUUGAUGGGAUCCGCACCUGUGACGAGUAUGAUUCUAUACUUGCUGAACACCCCUUGAAGCUCGUGGUAACUCGAGCAUUGAUGAUUACAGCAGAUAUUCUAGCUGGCUUUGGAUUUAUCACCCUGCUUCUUGGUCUUGACUGUGUGAAAUUCCUCCCUGAUGAGCCAUACAUCAAAGUCCGCAUCUGCUUUGUUUCCGGAACCAUAUUGCUAAUAGCAGGUGCCCCAGGAAUCAUUGGUUCUGUGUGGUAUGCUGUUGAUGUUUAUGUGGAACGUUCUUCUCUGGUUUUGCACAAUAUAUUUCUUGGCAUCCAGUAUAAAUUUGGUUGGUCUUGUUGGCUCGGAAUGGCUGGGUCUCUGGGUUGCUUUUUGGCUGGUGCCGUGCUGACAUGCUGCUUAUACCUCUUCAAAGAUGUUGGACCUGAAAGGCACUAUCCGUAUUCCAUGAGGAAAGCCUAUUCAACAGCAGCUGUUUCGAUGGCCAAGUCAUAUGCAGCCCCUCGGACAGAGACUGCCAAAAUGUAUGCAGUGGACACGAGGGUCUAGAGUGCCACAUGUCUAUCUGCAUGUAUGUUACUGAAAUAAUCAAUCAGGAUGUUUGGGUUAAUCCAGGAACACUUACUUAAACCUCAAUAUGUUCAACUAAAUUAAUUGCUCAGCUUAAUCAAGCAGUUUGAUUCUCCUAUCCUGCUCCUUUUCUGUUACUCUCAUAUUCUCUCUCCCCCUUUCUACCCUCCUCUUUCACAGGCCCUCAUACACUUCCCCUGUAUUUCCAGGUAAGGUUGCUAGGAUAUACAAAUGUUUGUUUGUGAUUUCUAUAUUGCUAUUAAAGAUUGUGACAUGGUGAUAUUCAAGUAAAAUGACACUCUAAGACUAGAAAGCAACUUUCUAAAGAGGCCAGAGAUUCCAAUCUUUGAAGGGAUUGACAGCCUCUUAGCAAAUUUCCUGGCUUUUGGUUCAUUCUUUGUGUUCUCAUCUGAGUGAGUUAUUUGAUAACUUGGAAGAAGAUGAUCCUUUGAAAUGUACACUAGUAUAUCAAACCCUAUCAUUACUCUGACUGUUAAAAUAGAAAAAUAAAUCAACAGCUUCAUAUACCAGCCACUGGUGGAAUUUAAAGAUAAGAAGUUUCCCUUCCAAGCCUGGCAUGUCAAAUGUAAGUGCUUAAUUAAUACUAGAGCAGUGACGAUUUAUUUCUCAUUAACGACAUAAGAGAUCUGUGUAUUAUUUUAUCACACUAUAACUUUGCCUAUAUAUUGCCAAACUAUUAGACCACAGCAGCGAUAGGUAAACCAGAGAGUUCAUUCGUUGAUUAAUUAGACAUCCAAAAAUGUUUCAUGAAUACAUUAUAAUAGAAUUCACUGAUUCAGGUGUCCUCACACCACUGGAUCCUCAGCACCCAGGAAAAUAUCUGACGUGAUAAAAUUUAACAUAGUUGUUGAUUGGAAGAAAUAAAGACUCACAGCUCUUUAGUGAAAAUAAGAUCAAUUUUUCUCAUAAAUUGUGUACUUAUUUGAAAAAAUAGAACUAUAUAUUUAAUUAUACACUUAAAGAAAUCAGUGAAUGAUUGCUAAUGGGAUUUUAUUCAUAUUCUAAUGUAAUCAUCUUAAUUUUUUAAAUGGUAGGUUUUUUAAAAAGUUACAUAGUUUAAUCUCAGGUUUUCUGAUUUCUUAUAAAUUGCAUGAAUAGCAUUAAUACUUUUGCUGUACCUUAAAAGGCUAUCCACUGAACUAGAAAUUAGUUCUUUGGAAAAAUGAAGAUUUAGUUGUGAAUUUCUGAAGGCCCCCCAAAAAGAAGUGUUUUAAAUUUAAAAAGCUAAAAUUCAUGUGAAAAUGAGAUGAUGAAAACCUAAUACAUCUAUUUAUGUUGUUGUGAAUGGUGUUCAUGACUUCUUUUUACCAGUAUUCUCGGGAGAAAUUCUAAGCGAAUCUUAGAACUGAAAGCAACUGAUUAACUUUUAUUUCAUAGAUAUAACUAACCAUGUAACUGACACUUAAGAAAUUAUUUGUAGAUCAUGUUUACUUGUUAUAUUGGUGUUAUUUUAUGCAGCUUAAAACUUAUUUUUUGUUGUUCUCUUUUUCACAACUUUGGCUUUUAAAAUUUUUACUUCUACUUUUAUUUAAUGAGGUAUUUUCUAUCAUGUUUUAUAUAGUCUAAUAAGUCUUUUGAAAUUCUUCUUGGGAAAGGCAGGAUAAAAUUAAUUAAAUGACUCAUCAGAUUUUAGAAAUAUAAAUUUUUCCACCCUGAAAGACUUCAUUUGUAUGAGGAAAUAUUUCAGAGGAUUCUGGUGAUAACUGACAAUUAUGAAUGAUUUGAAAUUUUUCUCAAUAAAAAUGUUUUGUAUA